GGAAUUUUUCAACAAAUAGAAGUUGUGGACAGCAUGCAGACUGUAAGAUUAUUGUGGCUGGGUCUGCAGUACCUCACCAGUCUAUAAUCUAAUAAAUUGUUGGUUGCUGAUGGAGAUCCCUUGCUUUCUCUCUGAAUGAUAACACUGAAACUGUGCAGGUGUAUGAAAAAUAAACAUUGAGCAGAGCAAACCAGCACGGCAAUUCAUCACCACCCCUGUGUCACAGCAAUUAAAACCAGCAGAACCAAAUUUAAUUUCCUUGCAGUUUAGUCUGUCCCCAGAGGAGAACUGCACGUCCCAGGCUACACCACCAUCGAAUACAGAUCGAUAUUUAUAUGUGACCUUCAGACAUCGUAUAGCACUAUUAUAGGGACAUCUGCGUGAUCCAAAAAUGGCCACUGAGGUCUUCAAUUCCAAAAGUCUGGCUGUCCAGGCUCAGAAGAAAAUACUUGGGAAGAUGGCUUCAAAGUCAAUAGCAACAGCAUUGGUUGAUGACAACAGCAGUGAAGUCUUAGAUGAGCUUUAUAAAACAACCAAGGAGUUUACUCAAAACAAAAAGGAGGCAGAGAAGAUCAUCAAAAAUCUCAUCAAGAUGGUCAUAAAACUGGGAGUCCUGUUCCGAAAUAACCAGUUCAAUGAUGAAGAGACAAUGUUGAUGGAGAAGUUCAAGAAGAAGCUUCACCAGCUAGCUAUGACAAUUGUCAGUUUCCAUCAGGUUGACUUUACCUUUGACCGCAAUGUUCUGUCCAAACUUUUGAACGAAUGCAGGGACAUGCUGCACCAGGUCAUCCAGCGCCAUUUGACUGCCAAGUCACACGGACGUAUCAAUCAUGUGUUUAAUCACUUUGCGGAUUGUGAGUUCUUGGCUGCACUGUACAAUCCUUUUGGACUUUAUAAAAAUAAUCUGCAUAAAAUUUGUAAUGGUGUGAACAAAAUGCUGGACGAUGGGAAUAUAUAAACGCCCGCCAAAUGUACACUUCCAAAUUAAUGUUGAACAUUCUGUUGACAAUAUAGAAAACUGUUCACAUGUGAAGCAACAAUGCCAUGAAAAAUAUGCCUUUGUAAAACAAAAAAAGACGUUUUCUUUAUAAAGAAUUGGCUCCCAUUUCUAUAUCAGUAUGCACAAAGUAGUCUAGAUCUUACUGCCUGCUACUUGUUGCCCAUCAAAAGAUAAACUGCUGUAUGCCUAGCUCCUAAAACCUUAGUGGAUACCCAAACUCAGUCUCUGGAAUCAAUCUGCUAAAGAACUCACACGAGCGGAAGAAAUCCAACAAACAUCUGGACUAUUAUGAAAAAUACGUGCCUUUCUUACAGUUUUCUAAAUGCAAAAAUUUCCAAAACAUUCUAAAGAGUAAUAAAAUAUUAGAAAGCAAGACUGAUGUCACAGUAUCAAUGUUGUUUUGGAAUCACUGCUGCAAAGUAGGUUGAACAGUUCAUACAGACAAAAAAAAUUCUUGCAGUAUUAUGACCAAGUAGAGAAAAUUCACAGAUGGCAUUUCAGGACUGUUUUUCACAGAAGUUGUUUGCGACUGCUUUUCCUGACAGUUAUUGUAAUGAAGUUUUCCUAGACAGUAGGGUGUCUGGAUUAUGACUGAAUAUGAGGGAUAUUUGAAGUACAAAGAAUCAAUGAAUAUGAUUUGCUACUUGGAAACUCAAUCUGAUCAAUUUUAGCUGCUUUUUAAAUCUUUUUUUUGCAAUUUGAUGAACUCCCAAAUAUCUUGCAAUUUUACCAUGUUCAAUUGUGCUAUGUGCAUUUACAUAGUAUGUCUGCUAUUGCUUCUCUGACCAGCUGUUCACAAAUUUUAAUGUGUGCAAAUUAUUUGUUUGUCGCAAACCAAAGAAUAAAUUUGCAACAACCAUGGAGUAAUGUAUCAACAAAA